GAAAGAAAAUUACAAAUGGGGUCUCAAAGAAGUUUCGUUUUCUUCAUCUUGGCAUCCAUUUUUGGUUCAAUCUUUGGGCAGCAAGAAUUUUUGCAACAUUUUUGUAUGGACAAGAAUGGAUUUUAUACCCGUGGAAGCGUUUAUGAGAAGAACCUCAAUACGCUCCUUUCGCGUCUCCCUUCCCUUAUCGACUCAUACGGCUACUCCAAUUCCAACUCCGGCAAGGUCCCCGACCGAGCAAACGCUGUCGUGAUCUGUCGAGGAGACGUCUCAUCUGAUGCCUGUCGGGACUGUGUUAAGCGCUCUGUUCCCAUGCUGACUAAACUCUGCCCCACAACUAAGGCAGCUGUCGGGUGGUUGGAUUACUGCAUGCUUCGCUAUUCUAGCGGACCCUUGACCGGACCCCAAUCCAUUUCCCCCAAUGAAACCUUCUGGGUUUAUAAUGAUCAGAGAAACACAACCAGCCCGGAUCAGUUUAACAAGGUCCUCCAGUCGUUGUUAGAAGACUUGAAACCUAAGGCGGCGGCAGGUGGGUCACGAUUGAAAUUCGCUGCCGGAAACCGGUUGGGGCCGGAUUUUCAGUCUAUAUACGCGAUCGUGCAGUGCGCUCCGGAUUUGUCGGCGGUAACUUGCAGUGAUUGCUUGACGAGGACAUUCUCUCUUUACCCAAUUUGCUGCGAUAAGAGGAUUGGAGGCAGAGUCAUAACACCCAACUGUAAUUUUCGAUACGAGAUCGGCGCCUUCUACAAUCAGACGAGGUCGUCCAACCUUUAAUUAUGACAUGUUUUAGUUUGGUUCGUGUUCUUCUUCCUGUUCUUGUUCUUGUUGACUAAUUAGUUACUUACAUAUCGUUGACACUUUCAAUAAAGUAGAGUUCUUUAAUGAAA